UUCACAGAAUCAAUAAACGAAACGGAAAGAAGAUAGCAAGAAAAAUUAAUAGAAACGACGAAUGGACCGGGCGGACGAGAGCCGGAUCGUUCGUGCAAUCCAUCAAACCGAACGCGCAUCCAUUCGUGCGACGAGUUUAUCCCUUCAACGGGCAUUCCUGACCCUUCGGUUCGGCCGACGACUCCACCCUCGAUGAACACGCUGCAGCAUAUCCAGCCCCCUACGCUCGCGUAAUCGUCUGCACGAUGAUACGCCAGAAAUUCACCCUGCGUUUAUUCCACCGAGGCAAACUUGGUUUCGUCCCUUUCCAGACCAUGUCAACAAGUCAGAGAGAGAGAAAUACAGAGAGGGAGAGGAAAAGAGAAAGAGAGACACGCGGCGAAGCGGAACGCAUGCGUUUCCAACCUUUCUACCCUACGCAUGUAAGAAAAUGCAUACGUACUUUGCCUCGCGGUUCUGUGUACCGCGUGUAUUUGCGCGGAGACAGAUAUUUAUCGUGAAACAGCUAACCUUGAAAUAAAUCUCUAACAAUCGGUUACUACUUGCACUGCUCGAUGAAAGCGAAGCAAAUAACGGAAACGCAUGAUUCCGUACAACGAGGUUCCGUAACUAUCGUGGAAAUCUUGUUGGACGAUUCUCGAAUGUAACGAACCCGCGAUUAUUAACGAUGCAAAAAGCGUGAAAACGGUAGGGUUACGGCUAAAACGGAGAAAACGGGGUUUUCAGCUGGCGCAAACGAACAGCACCGUGUGGAUUUUGCGCGCGUCAUUAGCACAAAUGCGUCGCGGUGCAUCUUGGUGCAACGUGGUUCACGCGCGUUAAGAUGCGUGUGCAUUAGAAAAGCGGAGUGGGCCGUGGCUAAACGAGCGCGUGUGCGUGCUGAACUGCGUGUCCUCGGGGCCGGGUUAAAUGGACGUGUGCCGCACGAGAAGGGUGCACGAGUGGGGGUAACUACACGCGUGUCGUCGGUUUUGGUUUUAGUUCCGUGGCAGUCGCUGCCGACGACGACGAUCUCAAACGGUUGGCGAGCCCCGCUGCUGCUUUCUUCUUUCGUUUCCACCAGCGAACACGCGCGCUACGCUUAUAUUCUUUUUCUUCUCGUUCCGUUUGCCGAUCUUUUGUAUCGUUCGUUUUGUCUCGACGGUAUUCGCGUUCCGCCAGAUUCGCAUACCUCUCGUCGACGCGCGUUAUCUCCACGUAGCUUGGCUCGACGCUAUAGACAACAACAUCCAAGUGCAUGCAACAAUUCAUUGACAUUCUCCGCGAGAUACGGUUAACGUAUCGAACGUACGACUAUUGCUCCGCUAUUCGACUUUAUCUGCAGCGCGUUGUUAUUAUUCCACGACAGCGGAGAGCAAUAAUAAUCGAGACGAGUUCAGCCGCCACAGACGCCAGCUGUAUCGAGGCACGCUUGAGACCGGAGCACGAAAUGCAACAAGAAGAAUAAAGUACGAAUCGAGCCACCUGAUCGUGGGUCUAAUUUAAAACCGCGCAACGCGGGAAAAAGUGGUAGCCGCCCAAGAAUAACGAGCGUGCGACUCGAAGGAAGGAAGAGAGGCAUCAGGAAGGAAAAGGAAAGUUGCGGGCUGUUUCGCAGUCGAGAUCAAAGUUGAAAUCUUACGGGGGCGUUGCGGAAGGACGCAGGAAGAGCUCGGCGCGGAGAAUCGAGAGGCAGAAACGCGCAACGAACGACACUCGCAUCGAGCUGGCGACAAAAAAUUUGACAAAGCGAAAGGAAUUUAAAGGACAGGAGCGUAGGAGAAAGGAACGAUUCGUCCGAAAAGGGACAAAGAGGGAGCCGAGUGUCGGUCAAAUGCGAAAAAACGUCGGCUCGUUUUGUUAAUCAAAAGAUUUCGGUUCGGCACGACGACGUGUUCCGACUAAUAACGAGCACGUGUGACCACAGCGCCUUGCGUCGAUCGGAAAAAGGACCAACCGAGAAGAGAGAAGGGGCGCAGCACGAAAGGAAGUUCGUAGAAAAGGAUCUUGGCGCGACGACUUCGACCGUUGCAGCUUCUUCCGCCGCGUCUUUCUUUCAAAGAAUCAAUUCGAGGCUGUCCCUUCGAGAGAUUCGAAACAUUCCGAUAAGACGCGAGGACGAUUCGACGAACGGUCGGAAUUUUUGUGACACAGUUGGUUAUUAAACGGAUUGCUCCUUUGAUAUGACGACAAAUCUAUCGUCGAUAGAUCCAUCAUCGUCGGCGACCGAAUGCUGUCGAGAAUGUAUUCCGUGUCGUCGGUUCGGUUCCGAUCGAUCGAGAGAACAGUGACGUCGUGUAAUCGAGGCUCGAAUUAUCGCGUGAGAGAUCGUCGUUGAUUCAGCUACCGACGAUACACGGAAACAACCGGAUCGCGCGCAAUCGGAUGUCUCGAGAGGUGUUGACCGGACGUGGCUGGUGGGUCGCGCGUCAACUCGAACACCUGAUUCUCGGUUACCGGUUCGAGAUGCGGCGCACGUCCGGACACGUGUUUCUGACAAGUUUGCUGAUACUACUUCGAGCACGUCGGGCAGACGCAGCUACCGAGAAUUCGCCCGAAUUCUCGAACAAAGGCUCUACUACGACUCACGCUCUUACAGCGCCGCUCAGAUUGGUGUGGGGCAGCGAGGGCAAAGACGUCGAAUUACCAUGCGACAUCACUCCACCGACACCGACCGACUCCGUGAACAUGGUGCUUUGGUUCAAAGACACCGCUGGGAUACCUCUUUACAGCCUGGACGCAAGAGGCAAGGAUCUCGCCUCCGCCGUUCAUUGGGCGGUCAGCGAUGAUCUCGGCAAGAGGACCUACUUUCAAAUCGGUGAUGGCCAUCGAGCUAAGCUCAAAGUUACCAAGGUCACAUUCAAGGACCAAGGAAUCUUCAGGUGUAGGGUAGAUUUUAUCAAUUCCCCGACGAGAAACUUUCGGGUGAAUCUCACGCUCGUCGAAGAACCAUCCAGGCCUGUGAUAUACGACGCUCAGGGGCGAGAGGUGACAAGAGUGGCUGGACCCUUCUUGGAAGGUUAUAAUCUCGACUUGACCUGUCAGGUGUCCGGGGGAAGACCAAAGCCUACGGUGGUAUGGUGGAAGGACGGUAAGAUACUGGACACCGUCGUUGACACAAUUUCUAUUGGUUCCCCGAGCAAAUUCACGGUGAACCGUCUUUUCAUCAACGAGGUGACGAGAUCGUUGUGGGGCACGAAGCUCGAAUGCAGGGCUCAAUCGGAGCAGAUGACCUCUCCGAUCGUUCGCGAAGUACCUCUAGAUAUUUACCUGAAGCCCGCGAUCGUAAAGAUCGUCCUGAUCGACAGUCAAAUCUACGCCGGGCGUCCGCUCGCAGCACGUUGUGAAACCUGGGGAAGUUCUCCCGCUGCCAGGAUCAUCUGGAGGCUAGGAGGACAGACGAUAGGCGAUCCCAACGUGUCGACUACGCAGAGAAGCAAUUCGACGAUCAGCAAGCUGGCUCUGGUCCUUGGCAAAGACGACAAUGGCAAGAGAUUAACCUGCAGAGCCGAAAAUCCCAGAUUUCCCGGCGGAGUGCUAGAGGAAACUGAGAUCUUGGACGUUGCCUACGUACCGGUUGUUUCCAUCGACCUAGCCACCGGUUACGUCCUGGAUACACUCAGAGAAGGGGACGAUCUGAAGCUGGUGUGCGACGUGGACAGUAACCCACCUCCGACCCGAAUCAUUUGGUACCACAAGGACGAUCGAUUGGAGCACGACGUGACCGGUGGAACGCUGAUAGCCUCCAACACGUUAACGCUGAGGGUACUCACUCUGGCUCAUGCAGGCGAGUAUUCGUGCGAAGCGGUGAAUUCCGUGGGAGAGGGUCGGAGCCCACCGAUUUUCGUUCAGAUGAAAUACGCGCCGAGAUGCAGAGCAGGUUACGAGCGACGAGAGGUCACGGCUGGUCGCCACGAAACGGUGUCGCUACGCUGCGAAGUCGACGCUGUUCCGAAAGACGCGGUGCGAUUCUCUUGGACGUACAACGGAACGCGCGGUGACGUGUUGCCGAUGCCAAACUCCAGAGCUCGGAAUAACGGGCUCGUUAGCGUUCUCGAGUACACUCCUACCACCGACACCGACUUUGGAACUCUGGCUUGCUGGGCGAGCAACAGCGUCGGCAGACAAAGGACCCCUUGUGUAUUCAACGUCGUGCCCGGAAAGCCACCGCAGCCACCGUUCGACUGUUCUCUGCACAAUGAAACCACUUCGCUGCAAGUGAACUGCGUGCCCGGCGCCGAUGGUGGUUCCCCGCAAUACUUUUUGCUCGAAGUUCGAGGGAUACCGAGAAACUCCGGUGUCGUUCAGAUGAAUCCGCCGACGCUCCACGCGCCUCAAAGCGACCAGGGAAUGGUCGGAGACGUACCGGCGAUAUAUCAAGAGAGAAAUCCAAGGCCAAGCUUUCAGCUGCACGGUCUUGAACCCGGUUUCGAUUACACGUUAUACGUGUACGCUGUGAACGACAGAGGAAGGAGCGAGCCAGCGUUGUUGGAGCAUAUACGAGUGGCUGAAGUUAUCGGAGGGAAGAUCGAAAGAAACGGCUUGUUUCUGGAGGAUCUGAAAAAGGCACUUCCCAAGGCUAGCUCGGAAAAUAUGAUCAUCGUGAUCGCCUUGACAGCUACAGGUGCGGCGGCUUUGAUCCUGAUCGGUAUCGGGGUGAUCAUCGGGUUGACUAUCUGCAGGAGAAGGACCGCGUCGCCGCUCAAAGACGGUCCGGACGAUUUUACCACCCCCACCUACGUCUCCGCUCAAAGGAUCGAGCCAAGGAUCAGAUACUCGGGCGACAGCAGACGUUCUCAAAGAACGAGCUUGUACAUCGAGGAAAAUCGAAACGAACCGGAUCUUCUACAGAGAGUCGAGAUCGAUCUACACGAUUAAUCUUCCAAAGGCUGCUUUUUAUUUUGUACAGUUAGAGGUAAAACCGAGAUGUCCAUUCUUGUUUACUAUACUUGUACGCUUUUCGCGACGUGCUGUGUAUAUAUCGUUCGGGCACAAGUGCCUCUUUCCUUAGGAUUUAGGAUAGUAAUUCGGUAAGGCAUAAGAGAAGAAGAGAACAACACGAUGCAUCGUGAGUUUCCUCCGGUGAUUUAACACUGUUUCCAGAAUUCCUGUACCUGUUUUUUUACGAUCGUAUUCGAGGAAGUAUCUUUUAAAACGUCGGCUAGAUGACGAACUUUAGAACGUUAUUUAUUGCAUUUCUUGUUGUAAUUUACGUGCCAUAUUUUUUCCUUUCUUUUUGCCCUUUUCUUUUUAUUUUCCUCUAUCUAAAUGAACAAAAGAUAAAAGUAUUAUAGGUAAUUGCGCGACGGUACUCAUCGACUCGUGUCUUUAUGAUAAACGAUGCUUCAGCGGAAGCUUGUCGUUUCUCGUAGAUGAGCGGAAAUACUUCGCGUUUACGACGAAACGAUUUCAGCGUAUUUUAUCUUGAGAUUUCGAAGAAACCUCAAAGAUUUUAUCUCAAGAUUUCGAAGAAAUCGAAAACGCUUAUCUAAUUAUGUAAAUAGCGUACGAAAAUGCUGGAUUGUAUUAUUAGCGAUUAAACGGCCAAAUAAAUUUUUACGUGAUAUCAAG